GCUGGGUCGCUAACUCACAGAGCAGCUACGGAAGCCGUCGUGUUUACGCAACAAGGCAGCCAGCGAGCUUCCUGAAAAUGGCCAGCUGGGGAAAGUUCACCGCCGUCUUUAGGAAUGUGGCCAGGAGCUCUCGGGUUCUGAAGAGUUCUACAGCAUUCCGUGCUAUUGGUUCCGGUGUUUUGGGCUCUGUCGUUGGAACCGGGGGUCUCUGUUAUUACUACUAUCACCAUGCUAACGUCAGGACUUUACCCUUCACUGUUCUUGCAGAGGAAGAAAAAUUGCAGGAACCUGCAGCUCCUCAGCUGUCGGCCAGAAAGAUUCGUUUCAUCCAGUUUGCCUCAGUGAUGUACGAUAUGGAGCCCUACAUGACCCCGAGGGACUUCCUGUUCUCCGUCAUGCUGGAACAAGUAGAUCGAAAGCUCCAAAAGAGAAUCUUAACAACAGAGGACGUGAACAAGAUGUUGGCGGCUGCCGCAAAAGCUCGUCCCGGCAGCGAUCUGUUCAGAAACCUAGGAGACAACGGUUUAAUAUCCUACACAGAGUAUCUCUUCCUGCUGACCAUCAUGACCAAGCCGCGGACCGGGUUUCACAUAGCUUUCCAAAUGCUGGACGUGGACGGCAACGAGCAAGUGGACAAGAAAGAGUUUCUUAAGCUCAAGAACAUCAUCGGCAAAAGUAAACUGAAACCUCCGAAGGACGUGGCAGAGAAAGCGGCAGAGGAAGGGGCGGCUGUAAACACGUCACUUCAGGCGUACUUCUUUGGAAAGCGAGGAGAAAACAAGCUGAAGUACCAGGAGUUCCACAGAUUCAUGGAGGACCUGCAGGCUGAGAUCCAGGAGAUGGAGUUCCUGCAGUUCUCCAGAGGCAUGGACACCAUGAGAAGGGAAGACUUCGCCGAGUGGCUGCUGCACUACACCAACGAAGAAGACAACGAGAUCUACUGGGAGAACAUGAGAAAGAAGAUCCCAGCCGGUCAGAGCAUCACAUUCGAGGAGUUCAAAGCCUUCUGCCUGUUCACCAACAACCUGGAGGACUUCGCCUUCUCAAUGAAGAUGGUCACCGAGGCCAACCGUCCUGUGGGGAUGGCCCAGUUUAAGCGAGCCGUGAAGAUCGCCACGGGCCACGAGCUGUCAGAGAACGUUCUGGACACGGUGUUCAAACUCUUCGACGUGGACGGAGACAACUGCCUGAGUCACAAGGAGUUCAUGGGGGUAAUGACGGACAGAGUGCUGCGGGGUCUGAAGGUGCAGCAUCAGACCGGCAUCUCUGGCUACUGGAAGUGUGUGAAGAGAGAGACCCUAAAAGGGGCCAAGGAGGCCCUGGGAGACACCGGCUGCCCCAUCUGACAUGUUCACACGUCCGCCCACUGCAUAUGGUUAUGUUUUAUAUUAUUGAACAAAUGGUGUGAGUGAGAUUCUACAUCUAUGCACAUAAAAAUAUAGGAUAAUACCACUGCCUUAUCUGAAAUCUAUGGAAGCUCAUUUCUGUCAUGAAAGAGAAAAAAA